AUGCCAAUGGUACUUCAGAGCACUAUCCCAUUCCCGGAUUCAGUUGAAAUGGGUAAAAACCACCUUUGCAUUUCUGUACUUCAAAGUUAUGGGAUCAAAAUUGUUUCCCUUCACAAACCUUGUUCAGCUCAAGUUUUGGGAACUGAUAGUCUUGGUGGAGAUAUCCAGUCGUGUAAGCUGUGUGGUCAUUCAGAAAAUAUAGCCAAUAUGCUACUUUGCGAUCGUUGCGAAGAGGCGUUUCAUGUAUCUUGCUGCAAACCCAGGGUGGUUUUGCCAAUUGACGAGUGGUUUUGUCCUUCUUGUUUGAAAAUGUCACAGAAUAAUUCUUUCAUUAAAUCACCUAGCAUCGGUUCGGGGAUUGGCUCGUGUAAAUUUGAAUUGGGUCCAAUUGCAGUCAUGCUAAAGUACCCAGAGCCAUAUACGUCUAAGGUUCGGCUCGGUGAAGCAUUUCAAGCUCAAGUUCCCGAAUGGUGGCUCCAUUGUCUGAAGUCCAAACUGAUGACCCGGAUUGUUCUUCUCAUUCCGAUUGUGCUGAUCCUCGGAUGCGAUCAUCCGGCACUGGCAUUGCCUGUAGAAAGAGAAAACAAGAGUUCUCAUCAUGAAUGGUGGCAAACCCCUAAAAUAAUUUCAAGUCCACAGCCGCAAACAAUUCAUCUUGAAAACAUAGACGUAGAGAAUUGCGUGUGCAGCGUGCUCAGGACAGGAGGAGGAGGAGGCAACCGCAUCUUCGCGUCCAGCAGUCAGUCAACUUUGUUUCUUGCUUGCUUGCUUGCGUUGCUUGCUUGA